CCGCGCCAUGAGUCUUUCGUCGUCUGGAACCCAUCGAGUGAUACCUUUCCUAGCGCUCGCUAGGGGACCAGAAGUACCAUGGAAAAGAAGGAGAUGGUCGAGGCGGUGCCCGAGACGUUUGAGGAUGUCGAGACCUCCAAGCCACGCGCCCAAGGCGACCUUGUCGACUCCGAAGUCGCCAAAUACGCCAGCGAUGCACCCAUCGACAUCGACGAGCCGACCAACAAGCGCCUCAAGCGCAUGAUCGACAUGCGGGUGCUUUCAGUCAUGGUCGUCACCUACCUGAUCCAGGCUCUGGACAAGGGCACCAUGUCUUACGCGAGCAUAAUGGGCAUCAUCGAGGACACCAAGCUUCAAGGCCAGGAGUACUCGUGGCUGACCACCAUCAUCUACGUCGUUAUCCUCUGCGUGGAGUACCCGGAGAACUACAUCCUCACCAGGGUCCCUAUCGCGAAAUGGUUGGGCUUAAACAUUCUUUUAUGGGGUGUCACCCUGGCUCUCCACGCAAUGUCCCGCAACUUCACCACCCUGAUCAUCCUCCGUGGAUUCCUGGGCGCCUUUGAGGCCGUCUGCCAGCCCUGCUUCGUCCUGCUGUCUUCCAUCUGGUACAAGCGCGAGGAGCAGGCCACGACGGUGAUUCUGUGGUACAUGAUGAAUGGCCUUCAACAGCUUAUUGGUGGCCUGCUUGCCAUGGCCUUCUCCUUCAUCCCGGCCGGAAGCCCCAUUUCUAGCUGGCAAGGCCUGUUCAUGACCUACGGUGUUUUGACCGUCUUUUGGGGUGCCUUUGUCGUCUGGUGGAUGCCCGACUCGCCCAUGAAGGCCAAGUGCUUCAGCGAGGAGGACAAGAAGUUGAUGGUCGAGCGAGUCCGCGACAACCGCACUGGCCUCCAGAACCGCGUCUUCCGGCGGGAGCAGCUGUUCGAGGCGCUCAAGGACCCGCAGGUCUGGGGCUUCGCUCUGAUCCAAAUCUUCACGACCCUCCCGUCCGGCGGCCUCGGCGCCUUCUCCAACAUCAUCAUCAAGUCGUUCGGCUUCAAGGUCUGGGAGACGCAGCUCCUCCAGUCUGUCUCGGGCAUCGUGCAGAUCACCGUCAUGCUCUCGGCUGUCUACCUCGAUCGGCGGUUCAAGCAGACGAUUCUGGUCAUGAUGGCAUCCAUCGCUCCCACCAUCGCCGGCGUGGUUGUGCUCAUGGCGGUGCCUUUUGAACCCAGCAAGAGAGUUGGUCUGCUCCUGAGUUACUACAUCAUGAUCUCCUUCUGGGCUUGCAGUGGCCUCGCCCUGUCUCUGGUUACGCGCAAUGUCGCGGGCCAGACCAAGAAGAGCGUCGUGAUUGCUUCCAACUUCAUCUGGUGGGCGGUUGGCAACAGCAUCGGCCCCCAGGUCUUCCGGUCCCAGGACGCGCCGCGCUACUUCCUUGCCCUCUCUAUCAUUGUGGCCUGCUUCGUCCUGCUGGUGAUCACUCUCUUUGCGCUGCGCACCUGGUACAUUUUGCAAAACAAGAGCCGCGAUCGCCAGAUUGCCAGCGGAGAAGCUGUUGCGUCAGUCGCACAGUUCGAGGACAUUACGGAUAGGGAAAACGUCAAUUUCCGCUAUGUGUACUAAAUCCGAUGUUUUGGCUGCGUUGAUGUCAUACAAUGGAUAUCCGUGCGUGUGGGAGAAUGGCACACCACCAGAAUACCUAGGUACCUGCCUAGAUAGUUAUUUCCCUUUAAAUAUGGACAAUGAGAACCAG